UCGAUGGGGACGCAUCGCGGUCGGUCUCUCCCGAAAUAUUAUUACUUUAUUACCAUUCAAAACGCGAGUGAGUGUCUGUGAACUUCUAUCAACUUUAAGUGUCAGAUUAAUAAGACGCUUCCCUUCCACGACCGGUCCACUCAAGGUCAUCGAUCAGCAAUUUGACACCUGUUGUGUUUAUAUACUAUAUGUAUGUAAUUUCAUAUGUAAUAUAAAAUAAACAGUAAUAUUGUGUAACAUUGUACACCCGCAGCAGCAUAUCGAGUGCCACUAGAAAUGUGUUUCAAUAAGUAUCUUAUCAAGCUGGCGGACUACUUCAGAUUGUACUCUGACACGUCUCGUUAAGGCUCGUGUGAAUAAAAAUUAUUCGAGAUGAUCAGCAACACGAAGAUUGUGUUCACCAAGCUCCUCCUCUGCUGCAUCGUGUCAGGAGCCUGGACGCGGUCAUGGGCAAACCACCACGAUACCACUACCUCAACCACACAAACAACCCCCACCACGAGUCAAGCACCAAAGAAUUUCCACAAUGAUCCACUCAUCGUCGAGACGAAAAGUGGGCUCGUCAAAGGUUACGCUAAGACAGUAAUGGGGAGAGAGGUACACAUCUUCACCGGUAUUCCGUUCGCGAAGCCUCCGCUAGGACCGUUAAGAUUCCGCAAACCGGUACCCAUCGACCCGUGGCACGGAGUACUUGAAGCCACAGCGAUGCCAAAUAGCUGUUAUCAAGAACGGUACGAAUAUUUUCCCGGUUUUGAGGGAGAAGAAAUGUGGAAUCCAAAUACAAACAUAUCAGAAGACUGUCUCUAUCUAAACAUUUGGGUUCCGCAACAUUUACGAGUUCGUCAUCAUCAAGAUAAACCUCUUACGGAGAGGCCCAAAGUGCCAAUACUAGUGUGGAUUUACGGUGGCGGCUACAUGAGUGGCACGGCAACACUCGACCUAUAUAAAGCAGACAUAAUGGCUUCUUCCAGUGAUGUAAUAGUAGCAUCUAUGCAGUAUAGGGUGGGCGCGUUCGGAUUUUUAUACUUGAAUAAAUAUUUUUCGCCGGGCAGUGAAGAGGCUCCGGGAAAUAUGGGCUUAUGGGAUCAACAACUUGCGAUUCGUUGGAUUAAAGAUAAUGCGCGCGCUUUUGGAGGUGACCCCGAAUUGAUAACAUUAUUUGGUGAGUCGGCUGGAGGGGGGAGCGUGAGUUUGCAUAUGCUUUCCCCAGAAAUGAAAGGAUUAUUCAAAAGAGGAAUAUUGCAAUCUGGGACGCUCAACGCUCCGUGGAGUUGGAUGACAGGAGAGAGAGCACAAGACAUAGGAAAAGUUUUAGUAGACGAUUGUAAUUGCAACAGUAGUCUUCUUGCCGCUGACCCAAGUUUAGUAAUGGACUGCAUGCGUGGAGUGGAUGCAAAAACUAUAUCAGUACAGCAGUGGAAUUCGUACACUGGCAUUUUGGGAUUCCCGUCAGCGCCGACAGUGGACGGCGUGUUUUUGCCCAAAGAUCCGGACACAAUGAUGAAAGAAGGCCAUUUCCAUAAUACCGAAGUGCUUCUUGGAAGUAAUCAAGACGAAGGAACCUAUUUCUUGCUCUACGAUUUCCUCGACUAUUUUGAAAAAGACGGACCGAGUUUUCUGCAGCGGGAGAAAUUUCUUGAAAUCGUCGACACUAUCUUCAAGGACUUUUCCAAAAUUAAGAGGGAGGCUAUCGUUUUUCAAUAUACGGACUGGGAGGAAAUUACCGAUGGUUAUCUGAACCAAAAAAUGAUUGCAGACGUGGUGGGAGACUACUUCUUCGUGUGCCCCACUAAUUACUUUGCGGAAGUGUUGGCGGAUUCGGGCGUCGAAGUUUACUACUAUUACUUUACCCACCGUACCAGCACAAGUCUGUGGGGCGAAUGGAUGGGCGUGAUGCAUGGCGAUGAGAUGGAGUACGUCUUCGGGCAUCCAUUGAACAUGUCUCUCCAGUAUCACACCAGGGAGAGAGACCUGGCUGCUCACAUCAUGCAGUCAUUCACCAGAUUCGCACUGACUGGUAAGCCUCAUAAGCCUGAUGAGAAAUGGCCGCUGUACUCUCGUUCGUCGCCUCACUACUACACAUACACUGCGGAUGGCACUAGCGGACCUGCUGGACCUCGAGGACCUCGAGCCUCCGCCUGCGCUUUUUGGAAUGACUUCCUCAACAAGCUCAAUGAAUUGGAGCACAUGCCGUGUGAUGGAGCUGUGACAGGGCCAUACAGCAGCGUAGCUGGCACCACACUACCCAUAGUGCUGCUGACAACGCUUGCCACAACCGUCGCGUUGUAAACGCAGCAUAUCACCGCUUGAAUGAUUCAAGCGAAUAUUUAAGCAUUAGGAAAAGAGUAGAAAAAAUAUUUAUACAAACUAGAACAAUAACAAUGCAAAUUAAUGUUUUCCUUCACAAAUAAUUAUAAAAUAUGAGUUUCAUUGCGAUAAUGUCAUAAAAUCAUGUAUCAAAUUGUCUCAAGAAAAUUUAUAUUUUAUACUUAUUUGUGAAGAUCUAGGCGAGUCAGCAAAAGGCGUUUCGAAUUUUAAUAUUUGCUACUAAAGUACUAGAGGUAAUUGUUGUAUUAAUUAAAUAUAUUUUAUCGAAAUCUUACAUAUCACUGGCGUGUGGAACGUGAAACGAAAGACAAGGACAAUGGAUCGAAAAUUAUGAAAAAGGAACUUUAAAAAGUGAAAUCGUGAUGUGAAUUUGUACGAGAUUAUGAAGAAGGACGUUAUUUAGAAGAUGUUAUAUUUCUUUUCUUGUAUUAUAAUAAUAUUGUAGAAAAAGUAUGUUGAAUGUUAAAUAAUUUAGUUACAAUGUUCCUGUAACUAGUUGUUUCGUAUGUUUGAUGUUUCAUGUAUUUAGUUAAUGUGUAUUCCAUGUUAUGAGUAUGAAUAUUAUUAUAUAAAUGUCGGCGGAUUAUUAUAAUACCUAUGCGUAUUGAAUAAUUUAUUAUUAUACUUAGAGAAAGUACUUGUACGUCGGCUUUCAUUGUUAAAGCGAAGCUUUCACACACGACAGUUUGAUAAAUCACUAUACAUAUCAAAGUGUGCCUCUGCUUAAAUAGCAAAAUGACAACUUAUUCGUAGCAAAAUUUUACGAUUUUAUAUAUUUAAUGGUAAUAUAGAAGUCGAGUGUAUACUGUGAGAUGAAUUUUUAUCAAUAUAUUUACUACUAUUGUAUUUAGGACGCUAAUAUUCGUACCACUUGAGGAUCUUAUGAACUCCAAAUUCUUAUGACUUCGAACAGAUAAUAGUAUAUUUUGUGAAUAUUCCCUUCUUUAGUAUAGAUGCGAUAUUCUGAACGCUGAGUAGACUUAUGUGUACCUUACUUAUUGUAUUUGAUAGGCAAAGCACAAGAUACCGUAAAUCAAUUUAGUACAAUUAAGUCACAUGAUUCUGACACUUGUUUCUUAACACGGUUGAGUACAUUUUCUCUUGACACUAUCGAAAUCGUAUACAUAUCAUUAAUGUAAACAUACAUAUCAAAUAUAUUUAUGAAGAAAUUAUAUACAGGUGUCUAUUCGUCUUCACAAUAGCAGUGAAUUCCGAAACAGUACGUAAUUCGUAGCUUAAUAACGCUUUAAGUGAAAAAAUAUCUUAUGAACUUAGUAACAAUUUUUAUACUUUUAACAUUAUAUUUGUACUAAAAAACGUUAGCGGUAAUCAAAUAUUUAUACCUAUGCGAACGUCAAUUACUAUCCUUGAACAAAUUGGAAGGCGGCGGGAGUAUUAAAAGAAAGUGGCCAUGCUUACUCAAACCAUCAAGAAAAAUAUUGAUUUAGUACUAAAUUGUAUCUAUUUUCACCUUUCCUCAUAUUUAAAACUGUCCUUGAAACACGGUAUUCCCCCUUUUGUGAGCACGAAGUAGUUUUAUAAUUUAACAACGGACUUUUUAUACAAAAUUUAACUGUAUUCCCUAAAGAAUAUAGAGUUUAUUGUAACAUUGGCAAAGAUGCACAACACUCGCUUUCUUGUUGAAUUAAGCACAAUUUGAGAAGUUGUAUGGGAUAGCUUUAAUUAGUAAGAAUAAGAUGUAAAGUGAUCUAAAUAAGAAAUGUAUUAUAAGUAGCAAUUUCAAAUAAUGUUAGGAUCAGUUUCAACCAAAAUGUUAAUUUAAAUCAUGUUGUAAUAAUGCUUCAACAAAUUAAUGUAAAACUAAAUACAGACAUUAUAUAUUUUGUAGUUAUAUUAUUAAAUAGUUGAUACAUUACGUUCACGUUUAUUAAAAUAAAAGGAAUAUUGCACUUAAUUUUAAUACAGUUAUCUUUUCGAUAUUAUUCGAAAUCUAUUUAUUAUAAGGAAUUCUUGUUACUUACUUGUGUCAAACUUAUAGUACGUGCAAUCAGCCUUGACUAUUUUAUAUAACCCUUUUGCGAACGUUAAUUCCACUGUUAUAUACUUUUGACUACCUAUCUGAUAGUUUGGUUACAAUAAAGAGUGUAAUUUUAAUUAAAACAAAACCAGCUUGGUGAUUUGGUACGCAAGUAACAAAAUAAAGAUUUAUUCAGCUCUCGUUAUAGUAAGUCGUAUGUACACGAAGCUAAGCGUUGUACAACCACGAUUGCUUGACUCAGUAAGUACCGAUGAUUACUGUGUGGAUGUUCUGCAAUGAAUCAAUCUGUUUUUUUACCUGCAAAUCAAAUUAUUUGGCUGAUUUAAAAAAACUCAACAUAUAUAUUAUAAUGAACAAAAUAAAUACAUAAUAAUAUUGUAUUAUGAAACCAUUUACUUUAUUUUUUUAACGGGCCUAAAACUUGAUUUCCACACAUAUAGAUCUAUGUUAUGGUAAAGGUAGGAUUAGUCCUGCAUACUAUCGCUGUACGAGACGAUAUCAAUACGUACCGUUGGUAUAUAUUUGUUAUAUAACCUACUCAUUAGGCGUAGUAUAUAGUUUAGUACGUAAGUCUUAGUAUUGAUGUGAUUGCCAUUAGAAUUUUACGUAACUAACUGGACUAUCUUAUUUUCUCUCUGCAAUUGUGACUAUGUAGGCAGAUUAUCCAUACUAAUUAAUCAAAAUAUAUGCGUAAACAAUAGUUUUUAACAAUGUAUGUAUGUAAAACAGCUCUUAAAUGUGUAGUCAAUUAGAGAAAAUCUAAAAUGGUAUUAUUUGUUAGAUAAGUUAAAUGUUAAAUGUUAUUUGUGUAAGCUUACAUCUGUUAUGCAAACGAUAAUAGUAGUUACUGCUUUACAAAUUAGGUGCUAAUUUAAUGUGUGUAUAUAUGAGUGUGCACAUUCGUUUUAUCUAAAACUAAAUUGCAGAUGACGUCGACAAUAUGUGUUUUAUAUGUUAUAUCCAGUGUCGUGUGCUAUCAAUGCUUUCAGUAGAUGAAAAAAAAAUAGCUGUAUGACUUGAUUUCCUUCACAGGUUUAUAUAAUAUUACGCUAAAAUUACUAUCAACAUUAGUUAUUAUUGUAAUAGAUUUUGAAUGUCGAUAUAUUUAGUAUAUUUUUAUUAUUAAAGUAAAUUCGUUUGUACAGUUGCACGAAUAUUUAUUUCACUGUAGCGGAAUAAACUAUUUUUGUCCAAAUACUGUUACACAAUAGUAUAUUGCUUUUAAAUAAGUACUAUUUGUUUAUUAUCUCUAUCCAAAAAAUUAC